GAAAGCCAUCACACAAAUACGGUUUGCACCAAAAUUCCCAUCCCGGUCAACAGAUUGGAUAUGCAGGGAUCCAAUUGCCACAAGAGUCAAGUUCUCGGAGUUCUGCGUGGAGCAAGGAGACCUCGCACUCAUGCAGGGAAACCUGUGACGUCGAGAGAAGCUUUCCGCAGAUGGAGUAGCUCAGAGACGGCGAAAUCGUCUUCAGCUGCCAUCCAGACCAUAUUCUCCGGGAUUCAACCAACCGGCGUACCGCACCUUGGAAAUUAUCUGGGAGCUUUGCGUGAAUGGGUACGGCUACAAAAUGCUGCGAAGGAGGGGACAAGAUUGUUUUUCUCUAUCGUCGACUUGCAUGCGUUGACGGUGCCACAAGACGCCUCCCAGCUACGAAAUUGGAGAAAAGAGACCUUUGCAACACUCAUUGCCGUUGGCUUAGACCCGAAUCGGUCAACGAUUUUCUACCAGUCCGCCGUCCAUGCGCACGCCGAACUGUUUUGGAUUUUGUGCACAAUAGCCUCUAUGGGAUAUCUCUCCCGAAUGACACAGUGGAAGAGCAAACUUCAGUUGCCUGAUAACGCAAAUCUGGAAGACUCGGCGGCGAGGUCAAGUUUGCGAUUGGGAUUGUUCUCAUACCCUGUUCUACAAGCGGCGGAUAUUCUAGUUCAUAGAGCUACUCAUGUUCCUGUCGGAGAUGAUCAAAGGCAGCACCUCGAAUUUUCGAGGAACACUGCGAAUAGUUUUAAUCAUGUAUAUGGACCCAUUUUCCCGUCACCAGAGGCAAUUAUAUCGCCUGCUAAGCGGGUUAUGUCCCUCAAAGAACCGACAUUGAAAAUGUCCAAGUCCCAUGCCGACAGACGCUCAAGGAUCAUUCUUACGGAUUCGCCCGCAGAAAUCUCCAAGAAGAUCAAUGCUGCGCUCACAGACUCGGAAUUGACCAUAACAUAUGACCCAGUGCGUCGACCUGGGGUGGCGAAUCUAAUAGAGAUCUUGAGUCAUUUCGACGGACGAACUUGCGAUGAGAUAGCCAUGGAAUACCGUUCAGCCAGUCUUCGCGCUUUAAAGGAACAUCUGGCCAGAACGUUGUCCAAUCACCUUGAGGGAAUAAGGGAGAAGUAUCUCUCACUUGUAGGAGAUCAGACUGACUACCUUGAUUCUAUAGCAGAACAGGGUUCUGAAGCCGCGCGGGCCAACGCUGAGUUGACAAUGGAGCAAGUCAAAGUCGCCAUGGGGUUGAUUUAACCCUUCAUAUACGUUGUCAUCGUGCUCUGCCGGGUACGUAUGUAGGUUCGGUUAGUCAUACUCUGAUGAUCAGUUCAUAAUGAUGGCCACUAUUGAGAAUUACCCACCACUAUUGCCUGUCUAGGUACUUAUCAACUGCUGAUUAUGCAAUAAGAUACAUACAUAUAUAUAUGUGUACGUUUGUAUAUGUAUAUGUAUGAAUAUGUGCAUAGCUAAUUAGAUCUCGCUUGGGUUGGUG